AUGAACAUUUUGCAAGGAAAUUUCAUUGCGAGAUUUAAAUUAAAUAUUGCUCGUCUCAGAUUGACAAAAAACAUCCAAGAUAAAGAAAUAAACAAAAGUGAGGGAAAAGAAAUUGAAACCAGCGAACAAAACAAGAAGAAGCGUUGUUUAUAUCAACAAAAGUUUUAUUAUCCUAUCAAGAAUAUGACAAUGCCGUUGGCAGCCGUCGAGUGCGAGGAAGAGAAAAGAAAUAUUGCCAAUCUCUUACAUCACAUGACUUUUGCUGGCAAAGCAUUGGCUUUGUUCGGAAGCCUUUGA